CAUUACAUUUACAUAAUCCCGGCAUCUUCAAGCCCAUUUUGUAGUAUCAUCUGCGACAGCAUACCAAACAAAUGAUAAUAUAUAAGAACAAAUUAACAUUUGUCGUAUCAGCGGCCUGGGUCACGCUAGAAGACCAACCAAAAUCACCCUACAUGCAUACAAGACCGAACAAAAAUUUAGUGAGGAUAAAACUCAGCCUCGCCUGCGAAAACUUCCACAAAAUAAACUUGGCUGCCUUGUUCAUAUUCCUCCCACCCGUAGUACUGCUUUACUCUAACGGCUCCCUCAAACCCCUCACACUCCGCAUCCUCACCGACCAUCCUACCCUCCACACUCCCACUCUGCCUUCUCGCACCACCCGCAUCCCCGCCACCCUCUGCUACAGCCUUCCCCACAAUCUUCUCCAUAAACACUGCACCCUUACUCAGAAAAAGGAUGAUACUCGUCGAAAAGAACCAGCUCGGAUUCACCACGAAAUCGAGCAGCACAAGGGACUCCAUCUGAUUCUGAGUAGGAUUCUCCGUCAAGGGGUGAUCUUGAUCCGAUAAUGCCACGCAAAAGUGACAGAUUCAGAACAGUAAUCCGCUUUUUUCACGCUUAGGGCAUUGAUCGUCCACGUUGAAUAUG